AUGUCCAGCCCCAGAUCUCGCGCUCCCAGCGCGCCAACCUUACACGCCGACGUCUCCUCGCCACCCACUCCGCACAGCCUCACCUCCGACUGGACGCCCUUGGUGGGCGAAGAGAACGCCAAGCCCGAGAAUCUGCGUCGUUCCGACGACGACAACGAACCCCACGCGGACAGAGCAGAGGGGUUCAUCCUCGGGCCCAUGCCCGUCGAGGUAUUCCUCGACUCCCUCCCUGCGAAGCACACGGCGCGCAGGCCACCGACGCAGGGAGCGUUCGACGACGUCGACGAGCCUUCUCGACUGUUCGCGGCCAUCAGGGAUCACGACUGUUGCCCAGGGUUCAAGUUCAAACACAAUGCCCCGGACUUGACAUUGACCAAGCCCGCUCUGGUCGGCGGAUGCUCCGCCCCAUCACCUGCCGCGCCUUCACCCGGUUCGCCUUCUCCGCGUCAGGCUGCGACAGGACGAACUUGUGUCGCCCGCGCAACGGCUUCAGGUCGCGGAAGAAGUCCCUGGCCGCUGCCCUGCCCGUCGAUGAACAGUUCCCCCGCGUAUUUCGCGGCUGCUUCGUCAUCCGACCCGAUAACUAGAGCUGCCCUGUGCAAGUUGGUGGAAGAACGUCGGGAUCUGAUGACGCUAUAUCUAGCAGACUGCCUCUUCGACGAUCUGCAAAAGGUGGACGAAUUAAUUUCCAUGUUCCCAUGCGAACUUCGCGGCUGCCUCGACGCUAUAUCUAGCAGACUGCCACUUCGAGAGCGCACACGACGUAUCGGAAAUAACAUCCAUGUUUCCGUGUCUUACUAUGUUAUUGGGAUGCUGCCGAUGCACCGCUGCACCAACGUCGGGUGCACCACUUCUCAAGUGCCCAUCCACGGGCUGCGUGCGCGCCUGAUGCGCUGGGACAUGAGCGGGCUGAGGUUUGCGCACGCGUCCACGGUCGAGCGCGGAUACGACCCGACGGUGGAGCGGGCGUCGAGCGGCGAGGAGUGUUUGUUCCGGCAGCUGGUUUCUUGCCGCGUCCGGGAACAGCUAGACCUGAAGCCGGUGGAAGUUCCGGAAGAGAAGGUCAAGGAUGAGGUGCGGGAGGAGUACAAGGCGCGCAUUCCGAGGCCGGUGGCACUGACCAUCUGUGCGGAGGAUGGGAGGCUCAAGCGGUGUCUCGUGUCGAGGCCGAUCGCUACGAACUUCUCGAUGAGGUGGGGUGUGAUGCGCGGGUACCGGGCGGUGAUGGGCGGCAGGGUGGUUUUCAUGGAGGAUACCUGGCGGCAGUACGUCCAUGAGCCCGAAGGCCGAAUCCUGAAGGAGCUGGCGGCCCACAGGGUGAAGAACAUCCCGCAUGUGGAACACGACGGAGAUGUUCCGAAGGUGGUGUACUCCGAUGGCACUGGUCGCGUCGGAGUCGUGCUGCCCACGGGAGAAGCCCGAGGCACUGUGCGAGUUCUUGUGGAGAUUUGCGCACGCGUCCUCGGUCGAGCGCGGAUACAACCCGACGGUGGAGCGGGCAUCGAGCGGCGAGGAGUCCAGUGGAAGUUCCGGCAGAGGAUGAGCAUUACGAGGCCGGCGGCACUGACCAUCUGUGCGGAGGACGGGAGGUUCAAGUGUUGCUUCGUGUCGAGGCCGAUCACUACGAACUUCUCAAUGAGGAGGGGUGGGAUGCGCGGAUACUGGGCGGUGAUGGGCAGUAGGGUGGUUUUCUUGGAGGAUACCUGGUGGCAGUACGUGCACGAGCCCGAAGGCCGAAUACUGAAGGAGCUGGCGGCCCACAGGGUGAAGAACAUCCCGCAUGUGGAACACGGCGGAGAUGUUCCGAAGGUGGUGUACUCCGACCGCAUGCUCACGCGGUUCUCGGCCAUGGCGAACUUCGAGAGGACGACUCGGAGCAAGACAGGCCAACAGCCUUCAUUCCAGUGCACCGAGAUGGACUUAUACUCCACCGCCUUGCCCAGGUCGGCUACAUCGAUGUCCAACUCAUCUGUCUCAUCAUUCAGCAUUCCAGUGCACCAAGAUGGACUUAUACUCCUCCACCGCCUUGCCCAGAAGGCCAAAUGGCUAUAUUACGGCGGCCCUCGGAUUGUGGUGCACCCACGGGUCCACCACCAUCUUAACCUCAAGAAAGUAGGCUUCCCGCUUCAGACGAUGCGAGGAACAAAGGAGCUGCUCAACGCGAUGCAUGAUGCGUUCCAAGCGCUGGUCGCGGUGCACGACAAGGCACGGAGGAUCCAUCGGGACAUCAGCGCCGGCUACCUGAUCGACUCGUCCAAGGUUCAGGAGGAUGAGCAGGCGACGGACAAGUACAUUGUGGGCACGCGCAUGUUCCUGUCGCAGCGUCUCGAGGCGCAAAGCCGGCGGAGGCAGAUGUUACAGGACGACAUGGAGGCACUCCUGUAUGUCGUCGCGUACUGUGGCCUCCACUGGCUUCAGCAUCCUGCGCAUUCUAAGGACACGAGGCAAGCUAUGAUGGAGCCGGGAAAAGGUAAGCUGGACAACAAGGAGAACCAGACGUACAUCGACCCCCCGAACUUCAACGUGGAUCUCAAGGACUGGCUGUCGCACUCGAUGGACCUGAAUCACCCGCGGCGUCCCAGUGAGGCGACGCAGUGA